AUGGGGAUGGAUGGCCUCUUGGAGACGAUGACGGCGCUGCCGAUCGCCCAGGCGGCAUUUGGCGCGGCCUUGGCAGCACUCGCCGGUCAUGGUGGCCAGUGCGGCACCAAGGUCACCGCAGCAGUGGUGGCGGCUGCAGCGCGCGGGGCUGUCCAGGGCAUGGCGGCAGGCGCAUCGGCAGCAUGCGCGCAUGGUGGCGACGACGGCUACGGCAAGAAGUGCGAGUUGGUGCAGCUCGAGGUGGUCCUCGACGCGGUCAAGGAUGCAAUGAACUUCACGGACCCCGUCUCGGUCCAGGACGCCAAGAACAUUCUGCGCGAGCGUGGCGCGCCGAAGCUCGCUUCCCGUGUCGGGAGGCUGAGCAAGCUUCGUAACGCGCAAGGGCAUCCUGAUGUCGGAUUGGCGAGGGACGUGCGCUCCCACCUCGCUGGCUCCGAUGCUGGCAGCACGGGCGAUGGGCUCACGGAACAGGAGAGCCUUGCGGGGUCGGACGCCGACCCUCUCAGGAUGGUGGCCGUGAAGGAUAGGGUGCAGCCGAACGAGAUGCAGGUGCACACCUUCGGCGCGGAGCUUGAGGCCAAGGGCGCCGAGAAAGAGAAGGAGCAGAAGGCGGUGAAGACGGGGGGCACCAGCGGCAAGAAGGACGCCGUGGCCGAGUGCGCCAGGAAGCAUGCCGUCUUGAACCAGGCAACCCUGAGCGUUGAGUCUGCCAAGGCCGCCCUGGCCCGUGUUGUGGUCGAGCGUGACGACGCCGUUGAUGAGAUGACCGACGCCGAUGCGUACUUGGCUCUGGACGAGACUGAGCAGCAUGAGGUCAUGGUAAAUCUCGGCCUCCCCGACUCCUUCCGCACCUUCCCCGCCAAGACGGCCGAGUUUUGAGUGCCGCGGAGGGUCGUGCCUUCCUGCGGCGCUUCGGUCGGUGCUGUCGCGGAGGCUCGUGUUCCUCCUGCGGCGGUUGCUGUCGCGGAGGCUCGUGUUCCUCCCGCGGCUGUCUCUUCGCGCGGAGGCUCGUGUUCC